AUGGAUCGUCUUUCGAAAGCCCUUAAUGUUUUGCAAACAGCUAGAAAGUCAGAUUGGAUGACUGCGCCCAGCAAAAAAUCGGAAGUUUGCGAAAAAGAGUAUGCAGCUUUCUCAGAUAUCAAAGAUGUAUUGAUUCGAUCGGAACUCUGGAAAGAUCCGAAAUAUAACGACGAAUUCAGUCGUGCAGUAGAAGUUUUGUUUGAAUAUAUCAGUCAUCGAAACAGUGAUCUUCGUAUGUUAAGUGAACAAACAAUGGAUUCAGUACUAAGGCAUUUGGUCAUUGAUAUGAAUACUUCACGUGUGAUUGUUUUAUUAAUAUCAGAAAUUAAACGGAAUGGAACUUCCCGAUCACUCGUUUUUGCGCUUUCGCGAUUGCUCGAUGCUCUGAAAUAUGUAAAAGUGAAUCGUUCACGAGCUAUAGGAGUGCAUUUGGUUUCUGCUCUUCCGAAAAUCUUGAUUCGUUCAGAAGAAAUUGUACAGCAUGCUUUGGAAAGGUAUCUUCCUCCGGUUUUUGUAUUUCUUGGCCCGGAUUUUGAGACACAACCAAAUGAUAUUGUAUCGAAACUCUAUGAAGCAGCGCUUUCGAAUUUGGAACUACCUGGUGUGACGAAUCGGGCAGCUACUGUCAUUAUAAGUCAAUUGGCUACUUACGUUGGAGUUAUACGCAGAAAAGUUUUUCUACAUUUUCUCAAAGUGUUAUCUAAAGCAAGUGAACAGCAAAAUAGAAAUCUGUUGGUUGGGACCCUGAAUUCACUUCGUUUACUGUGGUCUGUUUAUUUAUUGAGGAGCAGUGAAUAUGAACUGGAUAGUCUACGAAGUGUGAUUCGUGGCUCAUUACGCUGCCUCUUUUCACCUCAAAACGAAAUUGUAGUUGCUUCAUUGGAAUUUCUCGAAAAAGUGGUUUCAUCUCCACUCGCUGCUCUUGAUGUAGAGUCGUUUUAUCCACAGCGGUCAAACACUUUAAAUUCUGAUGUAGAAAAACAGAAUAUUGCUGUGCCGACAAGUUUACCUUCUUAUGCUACCAGCUGUAUGAGCUCACUGAGAGCUAGUCCAAUAAAUUUCCCUUUUGGAAACUUACCUUCUGAAGUAGUGGAUGUAGCUGAUAGUAGUGUCCAGCCUUCAUUUAAUUUUUCUUUAAGGACUGGUUUUUCGAGCUUAAAGAUGCAGAACGAGUCAAAUUCGGAAAGUGGCAUGGACAUUAUUGAUCCACUAAGGCAUUUAGAGAUAUCUGGUGAUCUAACCGAAUGUUCGUCAGAAGAAUCCUUUCCUGAAUUUACAUCAGUUUCAUCUAUUCCGAUACCCGAAUAUUUACCUAUAGACAUAUCAUUCGGUUCAUUCCUCGCAUAUACAGCUGUACUUCUGGCAAAACGAUUUUUGUUAAGUGGGCAAUGCUUUAAAUUGUUGGCUGAUAGCGAAGUUCGUGUAAGCCACAAAAUUUUGGCAAUGUCUUGCUUGAGCAGUCUUGCUUUGUAUUUGCCACAAUUUGCAGAUAUAACUCUUCAUCCGAAAGGUGGUUUGGGCGCGCAAACAUUGAGGGACCUCCAACUUUAUCUGAAUCAUGAAGAUGAUCAAUUAAAGGCCGCAGCAAUCACUGUGUUUGUAAAUGCUGAAAAGUGUCGGUUCCGAGCAUUGGGUCAGCAGUUCCACGAAUUUAGUUGCUCUUUCACCUCAUUUGUGUAUGAUGCGAUUCGUGUUCGUCGUGCUCACUGUAGUCGUGCAUUGCUGAUAGCUCUAAAGUCUGCGAAGGAAUUGGUUUACCAAACUGGUAUUGUAUACGAUGUUGCAAAAUUUGCUUGUGAAAAUUAUCAAGACAACUACUUUUUGCUUCGGAUAGCUGUAGUGGAAUAUCUAGCAAGUAUCGAAUGGGCAUUUGCGAGCUCGUCUUGUACACAUCUUCCUGAUGAAAUUUUUGAGAUAUAUAUGCAUUUGCUUGCUGAUGACGACCAGCGAGUGAGGAAUGCUGCGGCAAAGCAUCUUUCGUUGCUAACUGAAAAUGCGAACUACAAUUCAACACCGAAUAACAUCGCACUAGAAGAACCUGCUGAUUACUUCUGCUCCGAUUUUCCAAAAAAUUCUCUUACUAUUGGUAUGAGUCCACACUAUGAUUUUCUGCAGCAGCCAUUCAAUUUUUUGAUCGCGGGAAACCUUUCUUAUAUACUUAGAAAAAUGUUCUAUAUUUUAACAACAAGUGCGAACGAAAAACAGCAGGCAGGCAUUGCUGCUGGGCUGUUUCAACUGUUGUGUUGUUUCAAGUCAAGGCAUUAUGCCCAGGCCUGGGGAUUGGAAUCGAACGUUGACAGUUCGAGGACUGGUUUAAUCACGGCUCUAAUUUCAAAAUGUGAUUGUUGCUGUACAGAUGUUCAAACUUUCAUACAUUUUUUAAAUAUUGUAACGCAUAUGACUGCAGGCUUAUACACAGUAAACAUCAUGAAGGCUGCUAAUGGAAGUAGUGAUGUAGUGCUGAAAUUCCCUAAAUAUUCUAUUUAUGAACAACUUAUUCUAUUACAGUUGAGGGUUAUUAAUUUGUAUUACUGUUUGAUAACCGAUCAUCGGCAGCAAAGUGCGUGUUCUUUUUCACGGUUUUCACCACUUUCGCCCGUUCGUAAGGCACUUCCUGUUAAUACCAACAGUGCAGCAUCAUGGGAGCAACGAAUUACCGCGAUUUCAACAUUUGCUGGUAUUGACAUCAAAAUGUCUAGAAAUACAAGUUUCCUGCAGUCUUCUAGUCUCAUUCAUUUCGCUGAUUCAUUAAAGGGUGGUUAUUUCAAUUACAUGAAUACCUUGGCAUUUGAUGCAUCUGAACGUUUCACAGCUCUUUUGAUUUCAGCAUUAAACUGUUUAGCUUGUACAUUGGAGGUGAUGCGUCUGCCACAGGUUGCGGACAUUCUUGAAGAGGUUUUAUUUUACUGUCAGACUGUUGUCGAGAUCGUACCAGAUGAAAGUAUUCGAGUUGCAAUGCAGCUGUUUAAGAUAUUAUUUGGAAGUAAUGUUGCAAAUUUGUCGCUAGAUGCAUUGAGAAGUUUGAAAUUAAAUGAUAUUAAUCAACCCAAAGAUCUCCUCGAAGUUUGCGUGUUGAGAAGUGUAGAUUUUUUUACAGAAUUUGUUAUUAACACAGGUCGAGUUGAAAAUGAUGAAGCUCAACUUAUGAGAUGUGCUGGUUGGUUGCGUAAGGACCUAAUUUCUAAGGAUGGAAUCCCCGCAAGCAUGGAGAUUACGCCAUAUGUAACCAUGUUUGAACCAUAUGUAUCAUUGACAAUUCGCUUAUAUCAGUCAACGAAUUCUGUGGAUGUGCAGUGCUCGGUAUUGAAUCUCAUAUGUGUACUUAUUCGAGGUGGAAUAAACUAUUCUAUGCUGGAUCCGGAAACUCGUUUGCUGGAUUUUGUCACUGAACAAGUGAACGAGAUUAGUACCCGGAAUUGGGUAGCUGCGGAUGCUGAAAAGUUGCUAACUUCAGUAUUUAAUUAUUUCUUAUCACUUUAUCAUACUGAAAGUCAAGGACAAGUAAUCAUGGAAUUGGAUAAAAUUCGCUCAUUUGUGGAACUCUUAAUGAAAGCUUGUAAUACGCGACCAUACCUGACCCCAUGUGCCUUGAAUUGUCUCCAAAUAGUAUUGGUUGACUGCAUAAUCAUGCGCCUUUCUUUUGAUGUUACACUUCUGAAGAUAUUACAAACAACCAACCAGUUAGCAGCAGUUUGCCCGACAAGAGUUCUUCAGCUCUGGACGCUUGCUGUUCUCGGUUCCCAUGUCAAUGGCGAUGCAAACUGGACAAAAACAUCCUUGUUCCUGUUUGAAAGCUUGCAGCAGUUAGAUGCGGAAAACUGGGACUUCAGUACAACCUUCAAUGCAGUUCUUUUGUUGCGGUCAUGUUACUCCUCCAUUACUCGACCAACAGACGCUUUUUUCAAAAAGAUGAUCAGCAUUUUGGAAGAUGAUUUGUGCUGUUUUUCUCGACUGCUACUCGUUCUUCCGUAUCUCUUCAUAUUCUUUUGUGUUUUGAAGGAUGGUUCGACUUUUACAAGGAUCGAACAAAUAUGUAAUCAUGACGCAGAAAAGAUUGGGCGCUUGUUAAUGACCAUACUUGGUCAGUGUCUGCAAGCUUUACGACGACUAACUUCUUUGGACAAUAUUAAUGAGAAAAAUAGUGAAAACUUGAUGGUUUGGUAUCUUUUAAUUUUAUCUCACGCCGUUCGUUCAGGUAAUAUGGAAUCAAUUACAAAUACUUUUGAUGCACAUUUCUCAGUGGAUUUUGCUGAUCUUCAAAGAUUAUCGAUAUUUUAUCCACGUACUUAUGCACAACUAUUUGCAUUUGUUAACAUUGCUGGCUUUCACAGGCAUAAACAUUUGUUUUAUUCUUCUUUUUCGAAACAAUUAGGCGAUUUGUGUAUGAUAAUGCGAUGCCGAGCAGCGAGUCCAGAUGGAGCUGGCGAAAUUGCUCGUUUAUUCGAUUUUUGUUGUCCAGAUAUUUUGGUAACUGUCGUAGUACGUAGAUGGCUUGCAUGUCAUAUUAGUGACUUGGGCAUUGAAAUGCAGAAAACAUUGUUAAAAAGCGUUAUCGAUCUGAGCAAAAAUUAUCGCUCUUGUGCUACUGAUUUGGACAUUAUCGAACUUAUUGCAUCUAGUGAUAUUCCGGAAGCAUCUAUUGCCAUCGAAUUUUUGAAAAAUAAACUUGGUGAAUCUAGAAUACUGGACCGUUUGACAGCUCUUCUUCUUGAUCAUCAAAGUGAAAGUGUUGCGUCCAAAGCAUUGUUGAAACACUUCAUAACAUCGGAACAAUUUUCUGCUGACUUCUUAUUUGGAUGUUCUGAAGAAAUACCAGAAUUAAGUAACAAAAAGCGCAGUCUUCAAAUUGGUGAUCCGUCGCGGUUCACUCCAGAAGUCUUUGCUGAUAUACUUCUACAAAUUAUUGACAGAAAAAAUUUUGAUAUCCAGGCAGAAUUUAUUUGCACAAUGUUGUUUAACGUUGAAGGGAGGUAUGCGGAGAUGAUAUUGCGAAAUACGUAUGAAUGCAAGAGGUACGAUGUACUGUCCAGCUUUAUUGACAUGUUGGAUCAAUUUAAAAUUGCUAAGGAAUGUUCUGGUGGAUUAUAUGACGAACUUUCUACAUUUUCUAUACUGAAAAUUGACUCAUUGUCAGCUUCAUUUGUUUCACUUGCGUUCGAUCCAUCUGUCAAUUCUUCCUUGCAGAUUUUUGUUCAAAGUAGAAUUGCAAAUAAACCUGAAAGUAUUGUCUAUAAAAAAGCAUCCGAUUGGGUUACCGAAAUUUCCUUAUUUGAUCAUUGGAUGCAACGCUAUAUCGAUUCUCUUGCUAUACAGAGCGAAUCAAGAACAUCCGAAGUUGCAUGUGCAGUUGCUUUUGGGAUUACUAGGCGUUCUUUUCGUGAGAUUAUUGACCAAGCUCAAAAUUCGAAGAAAGUUGUAGAACAGCAACUAUCUUUGGCUGUUAGCGUCGCUCGGUUGGUACAGUGCGUUUUCGAGCGGUGUAGCAUACUAUCUUACCAGGGAUUGCAGAAACUGAGUGAUCCGUUUUGCAGUAUGAAAAUAAUCGAUAGGACUGGGAAAAAAGAUUUCGAUAUAGAUUUUUUCUCUGAUGCUAUACGAACUGCUUUUGAUGUAACGCAAAAAAUUCAAGAAAAUUUUCGGAAGAAACGUCAAAAAACUCGUUUGUAUACUCACUUAGAAAGGCUAGCUAAGGCUGUGUCAAGAUUGCCGUUCUUGAAUGAUAUUUCGUGCAUACCGCGAUCUGCAAUUUUGUGUGGUUGGAAACCGGAACCAGAAAUUCAUCGUGCGUCGAUUUCGAUACCAACAGUGAAUAUUCAUUACCUUGGGAAUGUAGAUAUUUUGCAUGAUUUUGUGUGGCGAAUUUUAUGGGCCGGUUGGAAUCGCCGCUCAAAUUUCGACAAUUUUUCAAUGUCUUUGUUUGGUGUAAUUUCGUCAACUCCGUCUGGUUCUGAACUUACAAGUGCUAAUAUGAAUAUGACUGAGCAGCUUGUAGCUAGUACUGUUGCUGUUGAAGGUUUAACAAACUUACUAUUAGAAACUUUGCUGUAUCCGGAAAGAGGUGAUCCAGUUACGGGAAGGUUCAUUGUGAAACCACGUGAUGUAUCGCCGGAUUUUCUUUCAUCUUCAUAUGGACAACGCGUAAUUAUGCUUCAAGCGAAACUGUUAGGUGCUUCCGCUAUCGAUUCAAUUCAUAAAAAGAACUUAGAAAUUCUAAACGAUCGAGGAAGAAAGUAUCGGCCGGGACAAUUUUCGGUGCUUACUUCAUGGAAUAUGGCUGGUAUUCUGGAGCAAGAACGCAAUCUAUAUAAAGAUAUCAUGCAAAUCAGUGGUCAGUCAGACGAGCGAUUGCCUUCGUCAGAUAGCAGCUAUCUACUGAACAGUGGUCAUGAUACAACGUACGAAUCGUGUUUGCGAAUGCUUUUCGAUACUUACUCACACUGGUUUCGUUCUGGUAUGGAUGCUGUUCCAUUACCUCUUCUGUCAGCAACAGUUAAGUCGAUGUCUUUAUUAUCUGAUUUGUUUACGGAAAUGGAUCAGUACCGUUUUGUGUUUGGGCAUAUGAAAACAUUAUUUUCAAUUCGUUCAUGUCUUGAUAAUGUAGACAUCGGCAAUAUCAUUUAUUCACUGUUGAAAUGUGUUUCGAUCCUUGGCAUUGAAGACUCGUUUAUACCCAAAGUUGAUGCACAGAAAAUAGUUCUAACAUGGGUUGAAACUGGUCUUACUUCGGAAUUUACUGAAAUCCGAAUCAGAACGCUACAAGGAUGCCUGUUUCUGCUUCAAGCAAUUAGUUUUGAUGAGUUAAAGGCUGUAUUUCUUUUCUUAGAAGCAUUUCUGAUGGAUUAUUCACAAAUAAGUGGUUGCGGUUUAUAUGAAUAUGAAACGACAUUGUGGACUGCAAGAUUUUUCUUUUUCAACAACCCUUCUUAUUCUUCAGACAAUUCACGGGCUGCAUUUCUCAAUAUGAUAUGUGAAAAAUUUGCCGCAGUUACAACCCCUGGCUGGUUGAUGAAUUUGAUAUCUGUGGGUAUUGAAAAACUAAUCGUUGGUUCUCGAAUAUAUGUGCUCACUUUCAGUCGUGUUGCCGUUCAAGCACUGGAAAAUUAUUUCUAUGUACCACAAAAAUUUUUGUAUGCACUUCGUAUCUUCAUUGUGUGCCUAUAUCGAGGUUUAGAAGAAGGAAGAGUACAACAUUUGGGAAUUCAACCGUAUGAUCCACGUAUUCAUCUUAUGGAACAGCAUGCAAUGAUAUUCAAAAUACUUGCAGAGGGUUCCGAAGGUGAUGCAUCGCAAUUAAUGAAGGUAUUGCCGUAUUUAUUAAUAGAUUCGCUGAAUCAAAGUGAACUUAUAAAUAGCAUUCUGAAAGAACUGAUCCAUCGAUAUGCAGGCCCUCAUCCACGUUCUGCUGCCAUUUUUAGAAUUAUUCAUCAUUGGUUUAUCGUUCUGCACAGCCGUGAAGCUGAAAAUGUUGUGCUGGAAUGGACUCUAAAUGGUUUGGAGUCUUUCAAAUAUGUAGUCGAUCCUGCAUUGUUCCGAUUUUACGUCAGUGCAUUUCUUUGUUCAUCAUCACCAAAUCCAUGCAUCGCUAAUUUGUUUUAUCUUGUCAUUGGACGCACAUCAAAUUUAGUUAGGAUCGACGACUUUCUAUUUGAAUUUUCAGUGCAAUCUUUGCUUUUACGGAUGGAAAAGGAUGCAAGAAAUGGAUUAAGAUUGUCUAUGGAGAAGUUUGUAUUAAAUGGAAAAACAUGCCGAGACCCGAGAAGAAUAGCGUCUUUUCCACAGCUGUAA